CGCCCUCUUGAUGGCGCUCGUAGGCAUGCGUCUCACAGCAGCAUGGCUGAUGAAGGAGGCGCUGGAGGCCUGCCAACGCGUUGCGCAACGGUCAGCAUCUAGCAGGUCCGCCCGGAGGCGCUGCGAAUGAGAGCGGAGACUGAGCACCAGACCUGUCCUGCAUCCGCCGCUUUCCCUGAUCGUCUAGUGGAGCGACUUCUCAGCCCUGUCAUAUCUGAACUUGCCUCCGCUGCUGCGGGUUAGUGGCUUUCGCAUCCUUCACACGUCGAUUGUGAUCAUUGCUCCUUUCCGUCUCGAGCACCCACGACACUAUCACGACUUCAUGUCUGUACGCUCCGGGGAGACAUGAAAGCCGGUCAUGGCAUUCAUACGGUUGUGCCUGUUCGCUGCGCUUAAUUUUGCAGCCCGGUCGCUCCAAGCGAAAGACCCCAUCAACGACUUCUGUCGGCGAUGGGGGCACCAGACCGCCCAGGUUGACGGCAAGCUCUACAUAGACGGAGGCCUGGUAGCAUGGAACCCUCUGUCGGCAAACCCUCUCAACUAUACCAACACAUGGCUCCUCUACAGCGACCUCAACUCCUCGACCCAGAGCGUGGGCAUGCCCAAUCAAUAUGCGAACCUGACGAAGAACUCCACCGUUCCGAACGUAUCUGGGGGUGUGCUGUGGGCAGACGAGACAAAUAAGUGUUUCUACCAGUUUGGUGGGGAAUACCAGAGCAACCCGUCCGACUUCAGUUUCUGGGCCUAUGACACAGUCCUAAACCAAUGGAACGAGACGGAGUACACGAGCAACGUCAACGAGCUACGACGCGUGUCUUUCGGUGCCGGAACACAAAUUGAGGAGCUAGGUGUUGGGUACUACUUCGGAGGAUGGAUGAACAACCUAACAAUUCCAAGCUGGGCCGGACCGCCGAUGGCCACCAGCAACCUGAUUACGUUCGACUUCACGGAUGGAACGUUGAACAACAAUACUGGACCCGACGGUGUCGGCAGAGCUGAGGGACAAAUGGUGUAUCUCCCAGCAUCGGACGGGGGUUUGCUUGUCUAUUUUGGCGGCGUCGAGGAUCCGCACCACAAUGGCAGCUUCGUGGCGGCCAAUAUGAGCACCAUCCACAUCUUCGAUGUAGCUUCGUCUAAGUGGUACACCCAAAAUGCCACUGGAGAUGUGCCGCAAUCCCGACGACAGUUCUGCGCAGGCGCUACCUGGGCUGAUGAUUACUCGUCCUAUAACAUCUACCUCUACGGUGGCUUUGGCGUCGAGACCGUUACAGGGUACGACGACGCAUAUGUUCUGACCCUGCCUUCUUUCACGUGGAUCAAAGCAUUUCCCACCGACAACAACACGCAAGCCUACCCUCAUGGAGGCUGUUCCGCGAACGUGAUAAAUAGAGAUCAAAUGAUCAUCAUUGGUGGCUGGUUUACUAACUCUGAUAUUUGCGAUUCUGCGGAGUCGCAAGGGCAGCAUAAUAUGAAUCUCGGAUACAACGGCCCGGCAAACACCCUAUGGGAUAAGUACGAUCCGAAAGUUUCGAAGUAUUUCGUGCCGACUCCGGUAAUCUCCGCGAUUGGCGGCGGGCCUACCGGAGGCGCAACGGCUACGAAGCCCAGCAAUUGGGCCAAUCCCGAUCUCGCCGUCUACUUCACUCGCGUCCCAACGUUCACAGCCCGAGCAGCCACACGUACCAUCCCCAGCGGCACUACAAGUCCUUCGAGCACUGGCAGUUCCAGCAAGACAAAUGUCGGCGCCAUCGCAGGCGGUGUGGUUGGUGGCCUUGCGGGUCUCAUACUCAUCCUGUGCCUGAUUCUCUUCUGCCUCCAUCGCCGCAAGAAAGCCCUCAAGAAUAAAGAGGAGAAGAGGGUGAAGGCUCCGACACCGCCACCUGCAGAACUCGCGGCCACAUCUCCUAUCCAGGAGAUGCCCUCUCCCGGCGUUGCGAAGUACAUGAGCAUGCAGCAGCAGCCGGAUUCGAGGAUGCACCCUGCCUAUUCAGGGCCAACCUCUCUACAUUCUCGCUCCCCGAGCGACGAUUACAACAGCCCAGCGGCUCCUUAUCCGCCUCAACAAUACCAGUCCACCUCACCAACUACUGCAGCACCUUACCCGUCCCCUUAUGGACCCGAUUAUCCCCAUCAGAAUGGCUACGCGCCUUAUUCCGACAACCCAAACGCUUAUGAUACCCAAACUUACGAUGCUAAUGCCUACCCGCCUCCCUCAGCCGCCGCCCAACAACGCCAGUACACCUACCCCUCUCCUCACUCCCCAUCACAUCCUCCCUUCGCUCCGACGCAGCAACAAGUCUACUACCCACCGCCUCCCGAACCUUCGACCCAUUCUCAUUCCCACCAUUCUCACUCCCGCUCACAUCACUCGUUCUCGGAUCGGAUGGCAAGCCCGGAGGGAACGCAGUACAGCGGCUCUACCGAGACCGGACCGAUGCCGCCCAGCACAACGAAUACGCCCGCGCAGUUCUACGCGCAACCCGUGCCGGUCAAUGGGCAACAUCUUAUGACCGGGGCUGCGGGUGCAGGUCACUCGCCGGGCGGAUACGGUGGGGAAGGGGGUGUGAAGGACGAUGGUAGUUUCAGAGGCAGCAUCGAUAGUAGGAGAAGACCGGUCAGGGGAAGAUUCGUGGAGGUGGAUCACAUGUGAGCGGCUCCAUGCAUAUAC